AUGAGCCUUUGGGAUCAGCAUCAGAAUCACGAGGUCACAUCCAACAGCCUUCCCCAGCAUCAGUCCCAUCAAACAAGUCAUCAAUCUCAGUCUGAAUUUAACAAUUCUGCCUCUGCAGACUCAAUGUCUGAUAGUACUAGCACAAGUGCCAACCAUCUUCCUUGGCAGAUGACAAACUUUAAAGAAACAGCGUAUAUUCAAGCAGCCGCUACGCCUUUUGUUUAUCCCUACUCACGACAUGCUAGUUCUCCUGGAGAGGUUUUCACCUAUGGAAGUGGAAAUCAAGCCCAACCACGUUACGGUAGUCCAGGGGAGGAUUCGGGUAACUUUUUGUCCCAUAAUACGACUGUGAACUUCGAAUCCAAUUGGCAACAUAAUUAUCAGACUAAGUGUGAACCACCGGACUAUGCUACAGUUGCAGCCACUAUGGCUGCAGCGGCUGUUUGCAGACAGGCUCAAUACUUGGAGGAUUUUUAUUCCAGGAAGAAUUCGGGGAAAAAUAAGGCUCAUGGAAACGUAAAUCAAUUGGGAGGUAGCUUUGUGAAUGGACGUCCUCUGCCCGAUGAGAUUCGACAAAGGAUCGUUGAGAUGGCGCACUCCAAUAUUCGACCUUGUGAUAUCUCUCGCCGAUUACGGGUCUCGCAUGGUUGCGUCAGUAAAAUUCUCUGUCGCUAUAACGAAACCGGCAGUAUCCGACCUGGCGUUAUAGGAGGUUCCAAGCCCAAGGUAGCGACUCCCCAAGUGGUGGAAGCGAUUCACCGUUACAAGGCCGAGACGCCCACUAUGUUCGCUUGGGAAAUUAGAGACCGUCUUGAAAAAGACGGAAUUUGUACACAGGAAACUCUACCCUCCGUGUCUUCUAUUAACCGAAUAGUACGGAACAAAGUUUUGACUGAUGAAACGAAUGAAAUGAUUGUGUCCACUAAUUCUGACAUUUUCCUUAAUUUUCUCAUCCAUAUUCUCUCCUGUAUCAACUUUUCGUCAAAGGUCUACGAGACAUGGAAGAUUUUGAUUCAAUCGAUGACCGUCGGGAAUGAACGAGAAAUUGUCAGCUUAGAUACUCGUUAUCCCGUAUGCGAUCCAAGUACUUCAAACCGAGACCAACCACAAGGUUCGUCACUCCUUGAGACCCUCCAAAUCAAUCCAAAUCAAACGGCCACUUCUUCGGCAAUUCUUUCACCUCUUCCACAUUCUUUGCAAUCAGCAGCACAGAUUCAAUCACCAGUCAACAAUCAACAGCAACAGCAGCAGCAGCAGCAACAGAUACCAAUGCCACCACCAUCGCAACCACAACCGCUAUCACCAGUAGAAACUAAGUGCUCAGAUCGUCUUCACUUGUUACACAGUCUACCACAACCCACCACCCAGACAUCAGAACUUGAAUUUCAAGUACCUUCAAGAGCUCCCAUGUUUGGAGCCUAUGCAGCAGUAACAGCAACAAAUCUCUCUUCUGGCGAUUUCCCGACAUUUAGACAACAGGAGGAUGCCUGGUAUCCAGACUACAUGAGCAGUUCUUCUGGAACAACAGGAGCAUUGGUUGAUGAAGUGGGCGGACCCCCUUCUGAGUCGCAGGUCACGCCGACUAACAGGGAGCUUCUAUUGCAGCACGCACUGAUGCAUAUUCCACCACCUCUUCAGAAUGCAGCUCCUGCACCCGGGACAUUCAGUAUCACGGAACUGAUUAGACAGAACCACCACCACCCUCACCACCAACAUCCACAGCAGAUGUUUUCAAGGGCUAUCUCUCCUGGAGAGGUGGAUGAAACAACGAGACAUCAGAACUUGGAAUCAAUAUCCUAUGAACGCAAUGAGGCGGUUACUACGGGGGAUAGCUACAGGUUCGAUCAUAAGGUACUAAGACUUCCUGUAAAGGAUGUGCAAUCUAAAAUGCCCAUCAACGAAACAAACGGUCAUUGUCUGCUUCAAUUCUGUCCGAAUAUCUCGGAGGUUAUAAACAAUAACAAUAAUGGGGAUGUAGUAAUGAAACCGGAAAGUAAUCAAAUUUACUCUCCCCCGAGUUCCAUGCCACAGAUAUGCACUCAAGAAAUGAGUCAACCUCAUUUACUCCAACCUCCAACUCCAAUGGGAAGAUACGAACUGCCUCCUCAUUCCUCUCCGGAUACGAGUUGUCAAUACGGUAGAUAUAUCAGCAAUGGUUCCAUCAGUAGAUAUGGCCAUCUGCAAAUGCCAAUGCACAUCUUGCCUAGUGAGGAAACUAACUCUUUUACUGUGAUUUAA